AUGAAACAUAUGAGCCAUGGCUUGGCACUGGGAGUGGGCUUUCUCCUCCUCCUCAUCGUCGCCGUCACCGCACAAAGUGAGAAGAACAAGACCACUGUGGUGAGCCAUCUCCCUGGCUUCCAUGGGCCUCUUCCCUUCUCCCUGGAGACAGGGUAUGUGCAAGUGGACGAUAGCAAUGGCGUCCGCCUCUUCUACUACUUCGUUCAGUCGGAGAGGAGCCCCGCGGAGGACCCCGUCUUGCUCUGGCUCACCGGCGGCCCCGGGUGCUCCGCCUUCUCCGGCCUUGUCUACGAGAUCGGUCCUCUCAGCUUUCAGCCUGCAGAUUCUUACACCGGUGGUCCGCCAGAGCUGGUUGCCAAUGUAAUCUUUCUGGAUUCCCCCGUUGGAGCUGGCUUUUCAUACUCUGCAACAGACCAAGGGUACAAGUCCUGCGACACCCAAGCCGUUGACCAAAUUGUCAUCUUCCUUACCAAGUGGUAUGAGGAUCAUCCACAGUUCUUACUGAAUCCACUUUUCAUUGCCGGAGAUUCGUAUUCUGGCUUAAUUGCGCCACCGCUAACCUUUCAAAUUGCUAAGGGUAUAGAAAUGGGUUACAAGCCACUUCUUAAUCUGAAGGGUUACAUCAUAGGCAACCCAUUAACGGAUCACAAGUUCGAUUUGCCAGCCAGAGUCCCAUAUGCCCAUAGGAUGGGUCUCAUAUCUGACGAACAAUAUGAGGUGAUAUACAGGGAAAGUUGCGGUGUGGACACCGGUAUGAACCGAAACAUACAAUGCAAAAAUUGCCAUGAUGCAAUAGAUAAGGAGAAAGGAUAUAGCAUGUCUGGCAUCUGGGCAAACAACAUGGCAGUGAGAAAGGCUCUGGGUGUUCACAAGGGAACGGUUCCUGUGUGGCUGAGGUGCAACCAUGGCACGCCAUACACCACCGACAUCAGGAGCAGCGUGGAGUAUCACCGGAGCCUGACCAGCAAAGGCUACCGGAGCCUAAUCUAUAGCGGCGACCACGACAUGACCGUGCCUUUCAUCGGCACCCAGGCGUGGAUCCGCUUUCUCGGCUUCGCCGUCGUCGAUGAAUGGAGGCCAUGGUUUACAACGUUGUACGCUAACAACCUCACUUUUGCGACAAUCAAGGGUUACAUCAUAGGCAACCCAUUAACGGAUCACAAGUUCGAUUUGCCAGCCAGAGUCCCAUAUGCCCAUAGGAUGGGCCUCAUAUCUGAUGAACAAUAUGAGGUGACAUACAGGGAAAGUUGUGGUGCGGGCACCAGUAUGAACCGAAACAUACAAUGCAAGAAUUAUGACACCGGACGCAACUUCCUUUUGUUAUUUUAUUUUUAUCUCUUGAUAGACAAGUUGAUUUUUCUUGUCCGUCGCUUCCACUCCGCAUCCCUCUCUAUCGCAAUCUCAACGUCAACCUCCACCUCGCAGACACAGUUUCUUCCUGUCAUCACACUCCUACACCACAAGAUACAGAGCAGCUCCUCUGUAGAAAAACAGGAACAGAGCGCGGUCCUCCACAGCUCCGCUCCGCUCCCUCCGGCCGCACCACAACAAACCAAUGGGCGCCGUCUCGGCGACGGCGGACGUCGUGGUGGCGCUCUUCUCGCUGAUCAUGGCGGUGGCGGCCCCGCUGUUCGACUCUCAGGUCGUGCUCCCGCGCGACCUCUACCCGGCGCCGCUCGUGGACAUCCACCGUCCGCCAUACUCGGCGACAUGUUGGGCUCAGGAAAAGCAACGCUGAGGCUGCUUCAGCUGUAUGUUCCGUUCAUCGUGGUUGCUGUAAUUGCAGUUUUGCGUGGUCUCUGCUCAUGGUCAGCGCCGUUAGCUGCUGCAACAUCGGUUGCAUCUUCAGCUCAGAAGAAGAAAGCCUAG